CAAUUAGCGGGCAGUAACUGAUUUUCAUACCAAAGCAAGAGCACUCUGUGUAUUUAUACUGUUGUACUCAUAGCAGACAGUUGGUGUUGCUUGGCGGCAGAACUGACAGGACAUUCGAGUUACAGUGACGCGUGUGGAGGUGUCAUUGAGACGAGUUAACGAUAAUCAUCAUGUCAAGCCCAACAAAGGUGAGCGAGUUCCCCUUGGACGAGGAGUAUAAGAAAAAGACCAUGAUAUCAGUGGCCGACAUCAAGAAGUUCCGAGACUGGCUCGACACGCAGCCUCACUUGCCCGCGGAUAGUAUUACAGAUCUUGACUUGAUCCUGACGUACCACUGCUGCGACCGCAGCACCGGAGUGGCGAAGGAGGUGCUGGACCUCAACCUCACUCUGAAGACGCUCUUCACCAACUUCUUCAAGGAACGAGUCGUGGAUGACAGGAUCCUCAGCACCUUGAACACAGUUCUUUUACUGCCGCUGGAGGUUCGGACACACGACGGGUCAGCUGUGUUGUACGCGAGGCUCAUCGACUACGACUACAAGAACUUCACCUUUUCUGAUGCUAUUAGGGCUGUCCUGAUGGUGGUGGACUUGUGGCAGUACGAGGAAGGAACGUGGCCGGGCUUCGUGAUCGUCAUCGACCUGGACAGGAUGACCCUGGGGCAUCUAACCAAGCUGGACAUACAGACCGUACAACAGUUCUUGUACUAUUUACAGGAAGCCAUGCUGGUCAAACUAAAAGGCCUCCAUUUCCUGAACGCGCCCUCAUUCAUGGACAGGCUGAUGAUGCUGCUGAGGCCGUUCCUCAAGAAGGCACUCCUGGACGUGCUCCACAUCCACCAGAUCGGCUCCAAGACUGUGGACCCGUAUGUCCCCAUGGAAGGAUUGCCCAAAGAUGCGGGUGGAGAGUUCAAAUCAUUUGAGCAAGGUCAAAAUGACACCAAAGCCAGGUUCAAGGCGAACCAAGACUUCUUUGUGCAGGAGAACAAGAAGCGAGUGGUGGAGGCGCGGCGGCCGGGCAAGCCCAAGACCAUCUCCGAUAUCUUCGGGAGCGUCGAGGGCUCCUUCAAGAAGCUUGAUAUUGACUAGAAUAGAGGUUUCGAAUUUUUGACACUGGCAUACCCAUGACUAAGCCUUGCUCCACACGUUGACCCAAACUUUGGCUUCUCAGCACCAUUCAAUGGCUCCAAGCAGUGGUAGGGUUAAUGGCAAUGGGCAUACUCAUGAACUUCAAAAAUAAGUUUUAUCCGACGCUACUGGUGCAACGUGUGGAUCUAGACUAGUAUUGACACCAACAUUGGGACAAGUUAAUUACUAGACCAUAAGUUGGAUCAGUGGCGUUGGGACGGGUAAUUUACCAGUUCAGACCAUAUGCCUAAGGCCAUUUACUUUUUUCGUGGAACUAUAAACCUUAUCAGAGAUUUUCUCCAAGUCUUUCCAAAUGGGCCGUAGGAAUUGUGGUCCGAGUUGGAGAUUUACCUGUCCUAACGCCACUGGUCCAAGAUGUGGAUCUAGUAAUAGCUUUUCCCAACGUUCGUGACACUACUAUCUUGUAGAUGCACACGUUGGACGACUGGCGUUGUGACCAGCGUUGAAACCAGCAUGUGGAGCCGGCUAUACAUGUCCCAAUUAGAUAAAGGUUUCCCUCUUGUAAACCUCAUUAUAGAACACCAUUGGUAUGGUACAAACUCAACGCAGUUUAUGUUGUUCAUCCCAUUUGUUCUUACUUUUCUUUUCUCUUUGUACUUUUUAAGUCAGGGCUAGGAACGCUUAUUUAUUGUAUAUAUUUUUUGCUAGAGUACAUUUAAUUUUCUUAUACAUAAUUCAAUUAAGUUUCAAAAUUUAAAACAAACUGUGGUAUUUUUUUGUAAAUAUUUCGAGAGGUUAAGUUUAAUGAACAUAUUAUGUAGUUUCCACCUAAGAAACAAUAGUCCGUUACGUGGGGAAAAAAUGUGAAUAAAUACAUUGUCCAGAAAUUAGCAAUAGGAUAACUUCUGUAUACUUAGGUAUUACUAAUACAAUCAAAUGCAAACUGUGUUAUAUUUUUAAGCUUGGUUUUAUUGUAGUUAGGUUGCCUGUUUAAAUAAAAUAUUUUGUUGCGCUA